UGGAGGAGCGGACUAAUGGAGAACAACCGAGACUCGGAGCGGCGGGCAGCUGGAGCCUCCUCGGCCCCCACCGGAGCGCAGAAACCGAAGGAAAAGACUGGACUUGGGCUUCACCGGUGCCAGGACUGCAGCAAGACCUUCAAAUCAAAACACAACUUAAAGCUUCACCACAGAAUUCACACAGGAGAGAAACCGCACAGCUGUGAACAGUGCGGCGCAGCUUUCAAUACUUCAGCUGCUCUAGAAAUCCACCAGCGCAUCCACACCGGAGAGAAACCCUACAGCUGUGACCAGUGUGGAGCAGCCUUUGCCCUUUCAAACACACUGAAAAAUCACCUCCGAAUUCACACUGGAGAGAAACCCUAUGCUUGUGAAGAAUGUGGGAAACGGUUUACAGAGUCAGGCACGCUAAGAGCCCAUCAGCGACUUCAUACCGGAGAGAAACCAUACAGCUGUGACCUGUGUGGCAAAACCUUUGCACAGCUGAACAGCAUGAAAUCCCACCGGCGUAGCCACACUGGAGAGAAACCAUACUGGUGUGACAAGUGCAAAAAAUGUUUCUCACAGCAUAGCAGUCUGCAACUUCACCUACGGAGUCACACAGGGGAGAGGCCAUUCUGGUGUGAAACGUGUGGGAAAACAUUUGUUUGUCAGUCAAACCUAAAAGGCCAUCUGCGUUCCCACACUGGGUACCCCUGCAAACGCUGUGGGGAGCUGUUCACUGACCGAAGUCUUCUCUAUAAUCACAACCUUGGUCACAGGUGGCGAGAGAAACAGUUAAAGAGAGCAAUGAAAAUUAGAGCUGAGAGUGGAAAGCAACCGGAUGUAUAGAAGUUUUCUUUUUUUUUUUUUUCUUUUAACCC